UUUCCCACAUACGCUCCCGAACACAAAAGGAAGAUAAUUUAUUGCAGAUUGGAUGCUGGUAAAAUACAAAGCUCCACCUACCUUUUGAAUGAACACAAUGGAUUCAAUGACUCAGCAUUUGACAAAAACAGCCGAGAUUGACUGAUUACCAUGGAAACACCUAUUUAUUUUCCAUUUGAUUUGGAUAAACUGCCAACAACUCUAAAUACUACUGUAAUCCCAUACAAUGGAAACACCACUGGUCUGUAUGCCAAUUUUGUCAACAUCAUCAACUCUACGACGUGGGCCAACCUUCAGCCUCAAAACAUCCACGAACGAGCAGACGACAUCUUCACCAAACCAGAGAACAUCAUAACUCUGAUCUUGUGUUUCCUAGCUUUGGCUGUGAAUGCAAUCUCUAUAGCAGCUACAGCUCAUAUUCCACAUGGACUGACGAACCACUCCAAACUCAUCAUAAGUCUAGCUGUAUCUGAUAUCCUGGUGACACUAAGCGUCUUUAUGCACAUUCUUAUUAAAGUCGUUGUGGCACCUAUUAUUCCACCUACACUAGAUAACGUAUCAGAAAGACUGACUUCUGCAUGCAUGUUCCAAUUUGUGAACUCCAUUAACAUAACAGCACAUCUGAUUUCCUUGUUUAAUCUCUUUGCCAUGGCAUUGGAUCACUACAUCUCCGUCCUGCAACCACUCCACUAUUACCACAUCAUGAAUAACUUCCGCGGGAAUCUCAUGAUAACCAUUUUGUGGGUCACGGCAUUCGUUGGUGGCUUCUCAAACUUUCUGGCCGGAUUUGGAAAGACGGAUAAAGAUGAUUUUGUGAAUUUUUGCGAGUAUACACUAUAUUCAGAGUACCAGGCAGAAUAUAUAGUGAUAAUAAUGGCACUGAUCUGUCUCGUCUCUAUCUUAUUUAUCUAUAUACGGAUAUAUCGAGAAGUGAAGCAAAUAAACGCAAAAUGUGUCAUGCUUCUCAAGGACGGACUUCAUAACAAAAAGGCUCUGCGGACAACACUUCUCAUCAUAGGAACAUUUGUUGUGUGUUGGUUACCUAGCAUGACUUUUCAGAUAGCUAUGAUCAUCCAAGUCCACGUUAAUACUGAAACAGUGAAAAAACUCUUCACAACUCUGAUUCGUGCAAAUAAGUACCUCUAUGCACUUUUACUAGUUAACUCCCUCACUGACCCAAUCAUUUACGCUGUGCGACUUAAGGAUGUACAGAAUGGGUAUUUCAGACUUCUGUCCCGAUGUUCAAAAUUCUAUCAGGAGAAAGUGAAAGAGGAAAUCUACAGCCAGUCGAGAAUUGCUUUCAAUUCCAAAAGGAGGUCAACGGAAAAUACAAUAAAAUUUCUUUUAACGGACUGCAACUCCAACCAACCUACGACUGGCAUACACAGAGACACAUCGGCUCCACUUUUGUGUGACAACGAUGUUGUAAGUGAAAUGUACUCUUUGACAAGAGAUAUACAUAUGAAUGUGCUUUUCCAGAAUGAAACUGCUGAAACGGAACAUUGCGAACUCCAUGCACUUUCCUGCCAAAAUGAUGAAGAAAACACAGUGCAGCUCAGUGAAAACACUCUUUGUGAUAAUAGUUUUGUGAUAGUAUCAAACAAUGGUGUUCAGCAACCUGCUUGCAGCUCAUCUGGAAAACCUAUAGGACAAGUCACAAGUGAAAUAUCACACUGUGAUACCAGUAAUCGUGUAGUAGAUAAUUGCAAUAGACGUGAAACGGAACUGUCCCACACAGUUUCUGUUCACAUGCCAGUCGGGAAAAGUAAUCUUCCCUCAGGUAAAGAAUUCCUGUGCAAUUCUAAACGAAGUAGAUACUCAGUCUAGCAUUUAGCUCCACUAAGUGCAAAAAUUAGUCUGAAGUUUAAGGAUACUCAUUAACACACUUGUGUUGAUUAUCAAUCUGUAAUGUAUUACCUUACAACAAACUAUUUUUACAUAAGAAAUUCCAAAGAAAAUAAAAAUUGUCUAUUUUUUUUUUUUAGUUUUGAACCUUAAUGUUGGUAGAAAUUCCUGAUUCCACAUCAUCCACUUAAGAAAUUAUUGUGUGAUUUGGGUUAAGGUGCUGAACUCUUAAUUCCAUUUUAAGUCUUGUAAAAGCUAGUCCAAAAUUAUAGAAAUUAUAGUGCUACACUUUGUGAUAUAAUUAACUGAUAUGCUUGACUGAAUGUGAUAUGGUUCAGUGAAUGUUCAUUUUUCUUUUUUUCAUAUAGUUGGGUGUAAUUCUAGCACUUUGUGAUAAUGGUUGAGUGGAUUCAUCCAUUUUUGUUACAGGGUUGAGAGAAUGUAACCACUUUGUGGUAUGGUUGAAUAAAUUCUUUUUGGUAUGGCUGCAUUGUAAAUUAUUUGUGAUAUGGUUGAGUAAAUUCUUUGUGGUAUGAUUAAAUUCUUUGUGAUAUGGUUGAGUAAAUUCUUUGUGGUAUGAUUAAAGUCUUUGUGAUAUGGUUGAGUAGAUGGGUGCAUUACAUUACCACUUCAUAUUCAAAAUUGUCAUUACUGCCAAUACUUUUUACUGCAUCAAAAUAGUAUACAUUACCAUUACAUUUAUAUGUUUACAUUACUGCAACAACUGUGUUGGCCAGCUUCUUAUGCAUGUACAUGUAAAAAAGUUCAAAGCCUAAUUUCUAACGAAUUUGUAACCACGAAAGAUUAACCUACAUUGCUGGGAUAUGAAACAAACUUCUAAAUAAAGAUGAUGUCAUUUAAUUAAAGGCUUUACAUCUACUUCAAGUCAUGAAUUAUACGGAAUAGAACUCGUACUUAUCUGUACCUCAACUACAAGGAGAAUGUAAUUGCUAAUCAAAUAACUGUAUUGAUAAAUUGCAGCAGUAAUGCACACCUAAAAUUGAAGUGAAGAGUAGAGGUAAUGUUUUACAAUUUCUGGCAAUGUAGCAGUACUGUGUUGCUACAAAGUAAAUACAGUAAAACACGCUUACAGCAAACACGCUUAUGAUGAAUUUACACUUACAGCCAAGUGAUUUUCAUUCCCCUUGGUUUUAAAUGUAUUAAGAAAUUAAUGGAUUAGUGAAUUACAUUUAUAACAAAAUCAAUAAAAUUUUCAUCCCUGGCACUUCAAUAU